AUGGCGGCCCCAGGUUCUUUGAAUUUGGGAUCUACGGCUGUUAGCACGCAAAUUACUGCACCAGCAAGUAUCGUCUCUACGACCUCAGCUACUUUAAGCUCAGGUCCGGGAACAACAUUGCCUUUCAUCUUACUCCCUACUUCGCAAACGUCAGAGUUCGACGCAGAAUUUCUCGCCAAAAACGCAAGUCUUCUACGAAGAUUAAAAGCGCAACAGGCCAGAGAUGAACAGAUCCUCGGUUUGCGAACCAGGCUCUUUCAUGACGAAGCACCAACGGGGACUAUGGGCCCGACAAUGAUCACUCCUACAUUUUCCACAGUCGUUACUUCGGAAGCCUAUACUGGAUACGUACAAGGUUCCUCCGGACCUUCACCAGUAAUGGCCACGCGAAACGAUAUACAGAUGGAUGUCAUUGGCGAUCCGGAACUCACCAAGCCGUACCAUCCAGUUUCUAUGACAGCCAAGUCAAAGUUUAGUGCUCGUAUAACACAUGCCAAACUUCCUCCAAAGCUCAAAAUGCCAACUACGGUGAAAAAGUACGAUGGCACAACUGAUCCGGAUGAUCAUAUGUUCGAUUUUGACGGAGCUGCACGAGUAGAACAAUGGCCGAUGCCAGCAUGGUGCUUUAUGUUUGCACAAACUCUAACUGGAGCCGCACGAGUAUGGUUUGAUGCGUUGAAUGAAGGUGAGAUCAACGACUUUGAGGAGUUCCGAAGAUUAUUCCUCCAAAAUUUCAGCCAACAAAGGCACUACUCUAAGGAGAUUACCGAAGUCCACAACAUCCGGAGAAAAGACGGAGAGUCUUUAGACAGUUUCAUUGACCGGUUUAACCGGGAAAGCAUGCAGAUCAGUGGGGUAGUUGAUCAACUGCGGAUCUCCGGAUUUUGUCACGGCGUUCGGAAUAAUCAGUUAGUUGAGAAAUUGCACGAAAAUCUACCGAAGACGAUGGAGGUACUAAUGGAACGGGCCAGAGCUUUCGCUCGAGGCAAGAAUGCAUGUAAUCCUACUCCAGAGUCAGACCACAAGAUGUCUUCAUGGAAGAAAAAUGGUGGAUCGGUGUUUGAUAAGACUCCACCAGGGAGCAGGGGACGAUCACAUCCUUACGGUAGAAACGACAGACCUCCACGAGGGAAAAGCUCCGGAUCACGAUUUUACAAUUUAUCGGAUCUCUCCAAAACUCCCAGUGAAAUUCUCAGUGCGGAGGGGAUGAAUUUCCCCGCCCCACCAAAACUUCGGAACCCAGGAGAAAAAAAUUCAAAGAAAUAUUGUGACUACCAUCAUGCUCGGGGUCACAAUACAGAUGACUGUUGGUCUUUGAAGCAAGAAAUAGAAAAGGCGGUACGGUCCGGGAAGCUAUCGCACCUAGUCAAAGAAGUAAAGGAAGGAAAAUCUUCCGGAAAUUUGGGAGAAAAUCCGAAUAAUCAACCGGCAAUUUGCAUGAUCCGCAGGGCAAACAACCAAGGCAUCAAGCGGACCAGUCAGCAUUUGGCCGCCUGGAUGCAGCAACCCAUUGGUUUCCCACCUGUCAGCUUGGAAGAUGUCAAGGACGGACCGGUCAUAGUGUCUGCAAUCAUUGCAGGACACAAGGUUCGGAGAGUAUAUGUCGAUAGCGGAAGCGCCACCGAGAUUAUGUACAAACAGUGCUUUCAACAAUUAGCCCCACAGACUAAGGCGAAAUUGCUUCAAGUGUCAAUGCCUCUGGUCAGUUUAUCCGGAGAAGUGGUUCAGCCUUUGGGCCAAAUCACUCUUCCAACAACAAUGGGAGAAGGGAGUUUGGUCCGAACUGUCAAUUUGACGUAUCUAGUGGUGGAAGCACGAUCCGUUCACAAUGUCAUACUCGGAAGACCUGGUAUGUGCACCUUCGGAAUGAUCAGUUCAACUAUACAUGGAGCGUUAAAAUUCCCCACUGAAGCCGGAAUAGCAACACUGUACUCCGAAUCAGCAAUCGGUGUAGCUGAAAUACGACAAAGAGAGGGUAAUACCGAACUUCCUAAUACUCUCACAGAAGAAUGGGCCAUACACCCACAUUUUCCAGAGCAAAAAAUUGCAAUCGGAGCUCAGCUUCCCAAGCAAACUAAGAAGAAGUUGUGGAAACUCUUGUCCAAUUCACUUGAUGUGUUCGCCUGGCAAACCUCUGACAUGGUUGGAGUCCCCCGGUGUUUGGCCGAACAUAAGUUAAACGUGUCACACUCAAUAAAACCAGUAGCCCAGAGAAAAAGAAACAUGGCUCCGGCUCGUAACAAGGCCAUCUCCGAAGACGUACGAAAAUUGUUGAGCGCCGGUAUUAUAAGAGAGGUGCGUUACCAAACCUGGGUCUCUAAUCCAGUAAUGGUAACCAAGAAGGAUAAAACAUGGAGGAUGUGCGUUGAUUUCUCGGACCUAAACAAUGCGUGCCCAAAGGAUUGCUAUCCUCUGCCGGAGAUUGAUUUGAAGAUAGACUCCCUCUCAAGUUUCCGUCUCAAGUGCUUCUUGGAUGCGUAUAAGGGUUAUCAUCAAAUCCAAAUGGCUUCAGAGGACGAAGAUAAGACCGCGUUCGUAACAAACGAGGGACUGUUCUGUUAUACCAAAAUGCCAUUCGGUCUAAAAAACGCCGGAGCCACAUACCAGAGACUGAUGGAUAAAGCAUUCAAAGCUCAGAUCGGAAGAAACUUGGAGAUCUAUGUCGAUGACUUGGUCAUAAAAAGCCGAGAGGAAGAUGACAUGAUAGACGACAUACUCGAAACCUUUACAAGGCUUCGGAGUAUCAACCUCAAACUCAAUCCCAAGAAAUGCUCUUUCGGCUUGGAAGAGGGAAAAUUCCUCGGGGUAUGGGUCACACGAUCCGGAAUCCAGGCGCACCCGGAUAAAAUCAAGGCAGUAGUCUCCAUGCAGUCUCCUAAAACCAUCAAAGAGAUCCAAUCCCUAAAUGGGAAACUCGUCGCUCUUCAUCGUUUUGUUUCAAAAGCGGCAGACCGCUCCAUCCCUUUCAUGAACGUAUUAAAAAAGCGAACGACAAAAGGCCAAAUAGAAUGGACGCCAGAAGCAGACUCGGCAUUUCAGGAGUUAAAAGUAUGCCUUGGGUCCCUGCCCACUUUGACCGCACCAUCUACCGGAGAAACCGUCACGGUAUAUCUAUCUGCGUCCCACUUUGCGAUAAGCGCAGUACUCGUAGUACACCGGAACCAGGCACAAAUCCCGGUCUAUUACGUAAGCCGCAUCUUAAAAGACUAUGAAACUCGGUACCCGAUGGUAGAAAAAUUGGCACUCGCCUUGGUACAUGCUUCCAGACGCCUCCGAAGGUACUUCCAAGCUUUUAAUAUAGAAGUACAGACCGAUCUCCAGAUCCAGCAAAUCCUCAGGAAGCCAGAGGUCUCCGGGCGUCUCACCAAAUGGGCAAUAGAGCUCAGUGCUUUUGAUAUCACCUAUCGUACCAGAGGUCCAGUAAAAGGGCAGGCAGUAGCUGAUUUCCUCACAGAGGUCCCGACCGGAGAAAGCAUCAAAGGACAACCCAUCUUACCGAAGGUAUGGAACCUGUAUACGGACGGGGCUUCCAGCAAAGAAGGGUCGGGAGCAGGGUUAAUUCUGAUAGAUCCGAAGGGGAUAGAGUACACUUACGCAUUGCGUUUCGAAUUCAAGACGUCAAAUAAUGAAGCAGAGUAUGAGGCUCUCCUUGCAGGCUUGCAAACCGCAGCCAAAGCAGGUGCAACCUCCGUAUUAGCUCAUGUCGAUUCAUUGCUGGUAGCCAAUCAAGUCAGUGGCGAAUACGAGGCACGAGAAGAUAAUAUGGUUCGGUAUCUACAGCAGGUCAACAGUUUAAUCUCCUCUUUCGAUUCUUGCAAAAUAGUGCACAUACCGAGAAGCAAAAACAAAAAAGCCGAUGCUUUGAGCAAACUGGCAUCCGUAGCAUUUUGCCAUCUAUCAAAAGAGGUUCUAGUCGAGACCCUGCAGACUCCGGCCAUCCAACAGACGAGGCCGGUCAUGUCAGUUUCCGUGGCCAAAAAGUCUUGGAUGACUCCGAUCGUGGAUUACUUGAAAAACGGUACGCUCCCAGAAGACAAGGCUCAGGCACGGAAGUUAGAAGUAAAAGCACUGCAAUAUCAGAUACACGAUGACCAGCUCUACAGGAAAACCUUUUUAGGCCCGCUCCUAAAAUGCCUAACCCCAGAGGAAGCAAGUUACGUUAUAAGGGAAAUACAUUGGGGAAUAUGCGGCAUCCACGCGGGGCCAAGGAUGGUUAUUGCAAAAGUCAUGAACGCUGGGUAUUUUUGGCCAGGAAUGCAUCAAAGCGCAGUAAACGAGCUCCAGUCAUGCGAAGACUGCCAACGCCACGCUCCUGUGAGUCAUCGUGCCAAAAACAAUCUCGUACCUGUAACCUCGGCUUGGCCAUUCCAGAAAUGGGGAAUUGACAUCGUAGGUCCUUUCCCCGUCUCCACCGGAGGAGUAAGAUUUCUACUGGUCGCCAUCGACUACUUUACUAAAUGGGUUGAAGCUAAGCCCCUCCGGACGAUCACAGGAGACCAAGUGCUGAGGUUCGCAUGGGAAAACAUAGUGUGCAGGUUCGGAAUGCCUCUUUGCAUAGUGAGCGACAAUGGUAAACAGUUUGCGGAGAAGCCGUUUAAAACAUGGUGCCAAAGAAUGAACAUCGAACAGAGCUUCGCUUCGGUGGCCCAUCCCCAGGCCAACGGGCAAGUGGAAAGAACCAACCGAAGUAUCGUGGAAGGAAUUAAAAAACGGUUGGGGAAGGAAGGCGUUUCAUGGGCAGACGAACUUCUGCAUGUCCUAUGGGCACACCGAACCAUGCCUAAAACAAGCAACAAAGAAACUCCUUUCAGCUUGACAUACGGCACCGAAGCUGUCAUACCCGCAGAGGUAGGGAUCCCCACGCCCCGCAUACAAUUAUGCCAGCAAGAAAACGAAAGAGAACUCCGUUUGAACCUCGAUUUAAUCGAAGAGAGGAGAGAACUCGCGGCAAUCCGGGAAGCCAAGUAUAAAAAAGAGUUGGAAAAACACUACAACUCCAAAGUUAAGGAAACCCGGUUCAAGAUCGGAGAAUAUGUUAUGCGGAACAAUGAAGCAAGCUUAGCUGAAGGAACGGGGAAGUUAGCCCCCAAGUGGGAAGGGCCCUAUCAGAUCAAAACAGCAGGAAAAGACGGCGCUUACACCUUAAGCAGGAUGGAUGGAACCUCCGUUCCGCGUACUUGGAACGGAGUGCACCUUAAAAAGUGUUAUCUUUAG